GCGACACAGGUACUAUGGUUUCGGUAAUAACAGUCGUGACUAGCUCGUUAAUUUCCAUAACGAUUCAUCGUGCUGUGGUGGUUAAUCAGCGAGUUGCGUCGUUGUACGGGAACCGCACCCCAGAUUUUGUGAUUAACAGCAGAGACAGGUUUAAACACACUGAGCAUCACUAUGACCUCGCUGCUUGUGCUGCUGCUCCUCUGGGCUUUUCCUCUUUCAAAUGCUAAAGGCCGACUAAGAGAAUUCCAACUAAUAAAGGAUAACUUCACCAGAGUUGCUGCAGUGAAUGCAUGCAGAACAAAAUACACUGACCUCGCCACAGUUUAUGACCAACAAGACAAUAUAGACUUAAAGACACUGCUCAUUCAUAUUACUGAUGGAUCCAACCCUAGUGGAUGGAUCGGUGCAGAGAUAGGAAAUAGUCGCUGUAAGAAAUGGUCAAAUGGUGAUGAGGUCACAUUUCGCAGAGACUUUACAAGUUAUACAGAUUCACGCUGUGCUUCUAUGAGUGCAAAUGGAGGCUGGGAAUUUGUCACAUGUAAUUUGACAAGACACUUCAUGUGUUAUAAGCAAGAUGUUGGGCGAGCAUCAUACACGUUAAUACUUGAAACUAAAACCUGGUUUGAUGCUCAGCUGUACUGCAGAGAGAAUCACACUGAUUUAGUCAGCAUCCAUAAUGAAGAGGAAAAUGAACAGGUGAAGAAUGAAGGAAACAAGAGUAUAACUCCUUUCUGGAUCGGCCUGCUGGAAGACAGUGUGGAAUGGUCUGAUGGAGGACAAUCUGCUUACAGAAACUUUACAGGAGAACCGAGCGGACAUUAUAUAUUUUUAAUCAAGAUGGGAAUUGGAAUAAAAGUGAAGGCGGCAAUAAUCGAUAUUCCUUAUGCUACAGUAAGACAAGACUUUGCAAAAUUCUGA